AGGCGAAGAAGGAAUGAGAGCAUGCCUUCGACGUUCGGGUCGCCUGCCUGAAACAUGCAGAGAGACCCCAGUUGAAUGGUAAGAAAAAUGCAUUUGCGGGGAUCUGCAACUCAUCCAGCCAGUACGAAAUGCUCAAGAAGGAAAGAGCUGAGGAAUUCUAUGAAUUUGUUGCUUUCAGGUAUGCAGAAAAGAAAAGGGUGAGGGGCCAAGGAACAGUGGACAAAGACAAAACCAUCCCUACAACCAACGAUAAUUUCCAGGAUCUGCGACCUAAGGCAACGAAAACAGGGAAGAACCAGAGACGGAAAGAGACUAACAAUGAACAAGUUGAGGUCGAAGAACAGUCGGAACGCGUUCUUCUGAAAAAAGAAGCGGCUGUUGUGUUGUCUCAAACGGAGAAGCUGAGAAAAUGGAACAAGGAAUAUGCCUCCGAAUUCACAUCCAUUGCUCAGAUUGCACGAGGGGAGGUCCCAAGGGUGAUUGAGGCGGCUAGAUCGGCUCGUAGGACGCUAAGGAACAUUCGGCCCCUUAUCACAACCAGGUACGUAAGGAAGGCGAAGGAAUGGCAAAUCGCAAAAGAUGUAGCCUUCAAGAUCCCUCACUUCGUAGAGGGCGAGAACGGGAUCAAACUGUUGAAAGGGAAGGUUACAACGGAGGCUCCGUUGGGUCUGUUUGAGACUGUUACCAUUGAAGAGGAGCAGACCGUCCUUGACACACAAGAGGAAUCAGAGAACCCUCUCAAGAACUCAAACGAGACGAGCAGAAACUCCCCAAGGGCCUUUUCACCAUUAAUAGCCAAGAUGCCCGAAUCAACACAGCUGAGACCAGGGAUGAUCUGGAAACCUUGGAGGACAGUGACCGAGGUGCCCUACAACAUCCUAACAGACAUUGGCAUCUCAACAGAACUGUUGGCUACAGUUGUGGCCCAGAUUGUCAGGACAGGGCAACUGGAAGGGGGCGAAGACCUGGAAUCCAAAGCCCACGCCAUCGACUGCGAAAGAUUCUACAGGAGUGACGCUUCGGAUGUCGGCUCGGAUGCCGGCUCGUGUGAAGGUGACGAUGAGCAGGAUGGAUUGGGCCAGUACCAGGAGUUAGAAAAGGAUAGCAGCAAACAGGUAGAGCUGGACGGGGUGAACGCCGUGGGGGACCUCGCGCUCUCCCCACUUACGGGUAGUGAACCGGAGACCGUCCAUGAGGCUUUGGGUGGGGAUACGGACAAGGAAGACUCGCCUACCUAGACACCCUUUCCAGCAACUGAACCCCCCCUACCUGGGUGAUCUUGACCGGUUAUCUCCCUAACUUAUCUCAGCUGCUUCCAUGGAGAGCUACAGAAGA